AUGUCCGCCCCAAUCCUCCUCCUGAAAACCAAAUCCUCCCCCCAAGAUGGCUACGAGGAAUUCUUCACCUCAAAGAACUACACACCGACCUUCGUCCCCGUCCUCGAACACCGCUUCCACCAACAAAACCUAGCCAAGGUCCAGCACCUCUUCAACAGCAACGCAUUCACCACAACGAAAGACCAUGCAAAGAAAUACGGCGGGCUGAUCUUCACCAGCCAGCGCGCAGUCGAAGGCUUCGCCUCCAUGAUCGAAAACGCAGAUGUCUUCAACAUCCCCUCCGACCCACUGGUUCUAUACACCGUUGGACCCGCGACUGCGCGGACACUCACAACGCUCCGCGACAAGCAUUUACCGCAAGCGACGAUCUACGGCGCCGAUGCCGGGACGGGAGCCAAUCUGGCGCAGAUGAUGCUGGAGCAUUAUAAUGGGUUGUAUCCUGGUGAGAAGCCGGGACUCCUCUUCCUUGUUGGGGAGGUGAGGCGGGAUAUCAUACCCAGGACUUUGAUGGAUGAGGGUCUAGGGGAGAGGAGGAUAGGUGUUGAGGAGGUGGUUGUGUAUGAGACUGGGGUGAUGGAGAGUUUUGAGGGUGAUUUUGGGGGGUGGAUGCAGAAGUAUCAUGAGGGUGUUGUGUGGGUGGUUGUGUUUUCGCCGACGGGGUGUGAGGCUAUGUUGAGGGUUCUUGGGCUUGGGCCUUUUGCUUCGGGUGCGCGACGGGGGAGGGUGUUUGUUGCUACUAUUGGGCCUACGACGAGGGAUCAUCUUAGGGAUGAGUUUGGGUUUGAGGCGGAUGUUUGUGCAGAGAAGCCUAGUCCUGAGGGGGUUUUGGAGGGGAUUGAACGGUUUAUGAAGUCUUAG